AUUUGUAUAAUAUGAUAGAUAUAGAUAGAUAUCAAUAUUUUUUAUAAGUUUACAAAUGAUACAGAAGAUUGCAGAUAACAAAUGCAUAGAAUAGAUACUGAUGGAGUGUGGGAAAUAAUGGUGGGGUACUGCAGAAAUGGGAUACUGCUUCCACUUUAAAAUAUACGCAGUCUUAGCUUUACUUUAUGGUGAAUCACAUCAGACAUGACACAAAAUUCAUAUGUACUUUUGCCAACAGGGCAAAGAAUGCCCAUUUUGGGAUUUGGAACUUGGAAUGCUAGCGGAGAGGAGUUAGAAGUGGCUCUAAAUGCAGCUUUAGAAGCAGGAUAUAGACACAUAGAUACAGCUGCGGUAUAUGAAAACGAAAAUAUUAUUGGGAAUGUUCUAAAAAAAUGGUUGGAUUCCGGUAAAAUCAAGCGAUCAGAUCUAUUUAUUGUGACUAAGGUGCCUCCUAGUUUCAAUAGAUUUGAAGAUAUAGAAAAAUGUCUUAAGAAAUCACUUGCUAAUUUACAAUUGGACUAUUUGGAUUUGUAUCUUAUACAUACUCCAUUUGCAUAUGUGAAUGCUGGUGAAGUUUUACACCCAUUUAAUGAGAAAGGAGAAAUCAUAAUUGAUGUAAACACAGAUCAUUCGCAAAUAUGGUCAGCAAUGGAAAAGCAAGUGAUAGAGGGACGUAUAAAAGCAAUUGGAUUGUCCAACUUUAACAUUGCUCAAAUUGAGAGAGUUUUAAAUAACGCGAAAUUGCCCAUUUCAAAUUUGCAAGUUGAACUACAUGUCUAUUUUCAGCAGAAAGAAUUGGUGGAAUUUUGUCAAAAGAAUAAUAUUAGCAUAACCGCGUACGCUCCUUUAGGUACACGUGGAUUUGUCAAAAAAAUAGGAAAAGCAAAUACUAUACCGGAUUUAUUAGAAAAUCUAAUCGUUAGAAAAAUUGCGGAAAAACAUAGAAAAACUCCUGCACAAGUGUUACUCAAACAUAUAAUCCAGAAAGGUAUAAUAACUAUACCAAAAAGCACAAAUCCUACAAGAAUUAAAGAGAACUUUCAAUUAUUCGAUUGGCAACUUCAAGCUGAAGACAUUAAUAAAUUAAAUGCCCUUGAUAUGGGAGAAUCUGCACGUAUAUGUGACUUCAGCUUUUUCAAGGGACUUUCAAAGCAUCCUGAAUUUCCUUUUUGAAAUAUUUUAUGCCUUUCGAUUUUUUUGUACUGUCUGUAGUAAUAAUAUAGUAAAAGGAUUACUUCUUAUUGUUGCACUUAUAUGAUAUAUAUUUCAUGAAAAACUUAUUCUUGGCUUAAUAAAUAAUCAAUAUUUUUAUGCAUUUUGAUUGUAUUCUUUUCUUAUAUCAUGUUGCAAUUUAAAAUUUGUUAUUUCAUGUAAAACUUAUCAACAUUUUUAUGUGAAUUUCUAAUAUCUUAUCAGAUAUACUAUUAUACAGAAACUACUAACUUUAUCAAAUUAUCAGAAAAAUCAUUCUAUAUAAUAAAAGCAGUAGAAUGAGAUUAAAUUA